GGCAGCAGAAGCAAACCUCGCAAACCCUCCCCCGCUCCCCCGAUCUCCGCCGCUCCAAAAUGUGGCGCCGCCACCUCCGCCGCCUCCUCCCGUCUCCGGCGACCGGCGCCGCCGCUGCCACGCCCCCUUCGCCCUUCCUGCGCCACCUCUCCACCGCCACCACCCCCGCUCCGACCAACUCUCUCGCAUCCUCCCUCGCGGCGGCGCUCGCCGCGCUCUCCACGACCCCACCGCCCGCCACCACCCCGGACGCCUACUUCUCGCUCCAUUUCUCCGACGUGCGCCCCACCAACGCGCUCCUCGCCGAGGCGCUCGCGCUCUCCCCGCCCGCCUCCUCGCGCGCCGCCGCCGACCUCUUCCGCUUCCUCAUCCGCCGCCGCUCGCUCCACCCCUCUGACGGCGCGCUCGCGCCCGUCGUCCGGCACCUCGCGCGCCGCCGCGACUUCCCCGCCGUGCGCGCUCUCAUCCAGGAGUUCCCCACCGCGCUCGGGCCCGCCACGCUCGACGCUUACCUCCGCCAGCUCGCCAGAGCCGGCCGCCCCACGGAUGCCGUCAAGGUGUUCGACGAAUUGCCCGAGCAGCUCCGUAACCGCGAGGCGCUCACUUCGCUGGUCUCCUCGCUUUCUGCUGAAGGCUUUCCUUCGCACGCAGAGCGUGCUACCAAGAAGGUCGCCAAUGAGAUCUUCCCGGAUGACAAUAUCUGCACUUUGCUGGUAUCUGGAUAUGCCAAUGCUGGAAAGCUAGACCAUGCACUGAGGUUGAUUGGUGAGACACGGCGUGGUGGGUUUCAGCCAGGGUUGGAUGCAUACAAUGCUGUUCUUGAUUGUGUUUGCCGGCUCUGCCGCAAGAAGGACCCGCUGCGGAUGUCACUGGAAGCGGAGAAGUUCUUAGUUGACAUGGAGGCCAAUGGCAUUCCCCGGGAUGCAGGGACAUUUCGGGUGCUGAUCACAAAUCUUUGCAAGAUCCGCAAGACGGAGGAUGCCAUGAAUCUCUUCCGCCGUAUGGGUGAGUGGGGAUGCUCACCGGAUGCUGACACAUACUUGGUGCUCAUCAGGAGCUUGUACCAAGCUGCUCGGAUUUCAGAGGGUGACGAGAUGAUGACGUGGAUGCGGUCUGCCGGAUUUGGAGAUAAACUUGAUAGGAAGGCGUAUUACGGAUUCAUCAAGAUCUUGUGCGGGAUUGAGAGGGUUGAGCAUGCUGUCAAGGUAUUCCGUAUGAUGAAAGGAUAUGGGCAUGCUCCUGGAGUGAAGUCGUAUAGCUUGCUGAUUGAGAACCUGACUAGGCACAAUUUAGGGGAUCGUGCAAGUGCACUGUUUAGGGAGGCAGUUGCACGUGGUGUAACUGUGGCACCGGGAGAGUAUAAGACUGAAAAGAGGUUUGUGAAGGCAAUGAAGGAGAAGAAGGUGAAGAAGAGGCUCACUUUACCGGAGAAGAUGAGAUUGAAGAGCAAGAGGCUAUACAAGCUCAGAAUGAGCUUUGUCAAGAAGCCCAGGCCUCGAAUGAGAGCUUAAGCAAAAUUUUGGGUACAUGAAAAUAUAAAAGCAUUUGAAAAUACAAAAGGAACUAAACUUGCUUCAUUGUUCCUUAUCCAAGGUUAUCAUGCCUCUCUGCCUGCAAAAGGCCAGCACAAACUGGAAUAGUCUUACUCAUUUUCAUUUUUCCCGCAGGCUAAUUUGCCGCUGAAAAACAUUUUACUUUUUACUUCAUAGCAACUCCACGGCUCCUUUUUUAAAUUCAGUUUAUUAGGGACCUUUCCCUAUGAAACAAAAUUAGCCACUGUGCUCAAGUCCAUGCUCUGAGCUGUGAAAUACAUACUCUGAAUGAUAUGUGUAGCCAAGGCCCAAGGUUGCUCUGACACAUAAAGUUUAAUCCUGCUGGUGUUCUGAUACAUAUAAGCAUGAACAGAGCAUAUUCCAAUAUUCCAUAUGGUAGGAAUGCUAACCUGUUUCCAGUUUUUUAAGUUCCCCUUUGUCACCAGAGCAUAUUCUGACCUAGGUGUACUUGAGCCCCACCACUACAUGUAGGUCCAACUUCUUGUAUUGUAUCAUAUCAUGAACUUGACUUAACAAACCUGGCUUCUCAUCAUCCAAGCUAGUGGUUCUCACUAACUUAACCAUCAUAUUUGGAUGAGGGACAUCUUUAGUAUUGAACGUAUGGAAUAUGCUCUGGUCAUGUGCCAUGUUCCUUGACCUUAAUUCUAUGUAUUCUUUAUGGGAAUCCUAAAGUGUUGAACAUAAUCACCAUGUUUAUGAAGUUGCGAGUUCUCUUGAUAGAAGCACCACUAUUCCGGCCGGUAGCUGAAGUUACAAGAUAAAUGAGAUCAUAUUGUACUACUCCCUCUGUCUCAAAUUAUUAAUUGUUUUGGCUUUUUAGGUGCAUAGCAAAAUCGGUGUAUCUAGAAAAGCCAAAAUGACUACUAAUUUUGGAUGGAGGGAGUAGAAGCUAAUAUCAUUAUCUAGGGAUUUUCCUUGUGAUCUCAUCUGUCCAAUUCAAGUUUUACGUAUGAUUUUAUUCGCCACAACAAAAGUUUUACAGUAUUGCACGGAGAAAUUAAGGAUUUAAAAGUUUGUCCUCUGUGCUUAAUAUGAUUUUCUUAGAAACUACCUACGCCUUUCUGCAAUUG